CAACGGAGGAGUCGAAAUUGUUUAAAAACAUCGAUUUCUCCAGUGGCAAUCCCUAUGACCCAAAUAUACCGAUCAGCUGAUUGCGCCGGGGAAAGUUCUCCUUUAAAUUGAAAAAUUUCACGCAAAAGGAGAAAAGGAGUGAACAAUUUUAUACACUUUUAAUGACAGAUUCCGUACCUUUCUGAAAUUUUAUGUGAAUUAUUUCGAUUUAUUUUCAUUCGUCACUUCCGGCAAGUGCUGUCAAUAUCCGGUGUCAUGGCAAUUUCAAAUUGAUUGGAAAUAUUUUCGAUUUAUCCGAUGCAGUUUUCGGGAUUACGAUGUCAAUAAAGGGAACCGAAAGAUCAUCCGAGUACCCCAUUACGCUCUCAUUACGAGUAAUAAUGCGGGCAAUUACUAUUUGCGCUCAAUUGGUAGCGAUUUGAGAUGAAGCUGGAGCUGGCUAACAUCAAAGGGACACUCUUGAGACUGUCAAAAAAAAGGUCUGUGAAACAGGGACUUCCUUUCGUGCUAUUUAUCAUAGGAGCUUCCUUCGGACUCGGGCAAUUCACGAAUUUGCGAUAUGAGUACAGAAAAACAAAGCAGACCCAAGAAAAAAUGCAGGACGUGGGACUCCCGAUGAGAAAAGCCGAAGAAAUUACCCUUGAGGCGCAGUAUGAUAUCGUCAAAGAGUACGAUACAGAUCACUGGGAAAAUAAGAGGAUCUCGCGGCCAUGGGAAGAGGAGACACCAAAGAGUUGAAGUAAUUAAUCAUAGUCGUUAAAAUUUAAUAAAUGACGCAAAUUCAAUGAA